AUCGUUCUUGCUCGCCCACAUUUUUUCUUAUCUCAUUUUCAGUCAAUUCAUUCCCAGCAGUGCCUGCGUGUAAACAAAAACCAUUUGUUGAGUUUUAUUUCAUAAAACGCGCGCGUUACGUGUUGUAUCUAUUUGCCAAAAUAUACUAAAUUUAAAGUAUAAAUAAAUAUAUAAAUAAAAAAAAAGUCCAUUUUUGUUUAAUAAUACACAACCAACCUUUUUGGACAUGGCCUGCAAAUUCUAUUAUUUCGGUUUCGGCAGCAACAUGCUUGCUCGCCGCAUCCACAUACAGAACCCCACUGCCAAGAGAAUCGGAGCUGGAAAACUAGAGAACUACCGCUUGGACUUUCACACAGGAUCCAAGAACUGGCUGGGCGCACCUGCCACUAUUGUGCCCACAGCAGGAGCCCACGUCUAUGGCGCCAUAUGGGAGAUCGAUAUGUGCAAUCUGAAGGAUUUGGAUGACCAGGAGAGUGUGCCCGAUGGCGUGUAUAUUCCGAUCAGUGUGCCCGUCCUCUCACUGACCAGCAAUACGGACAUCAUCUGCCGUGCCUACCAUCUCACCAACCAGCCCCUCUCGGAGGUGCAUGGACAGAGCGUCCCUCCUCCGAGCAUUCCACUCGACCGACAACCCUCGCAGACGUACCUCAAGGUCCUGGUCAAGGGUGCCCUGGAGACGGGCAUACCCGAGGAGUACGUCAAGUGGCUGAGGGGCCUCAAGCACAAUGGCAAUCAGGUGGCCACGAUGGAGGAGAAACUGCAACUGGACCAAGUGCAACUUUCAUGAUAACAAAUACUAUAUGUACUACUGAUUGAUUCCCGGAAAUCAGCUUUCCUGAUUCCUAUCAUCAGGGCUAUCAUCCCCUACGAUAUACAUACGCAGGAUUCAUUAUCGAUCUGUUAUAUUCUAAUUUGUGUCUAUUUUUGUAGAUACUCCGCUGUGAACUCUUUUCUUAACAAACUUUCAAUAACCUCUCGAGCAGAAGAACUUGUCCCAAAAACGGAAUUUAAUUAAUUUGAA